AUGAAGCGAGCUAUUAUUGUCUCUGCUUCUCUUGCUUUCAUCUGUCUCUCUUUUGCAGGCGCAGCAGGGCAGCAGCAGCAGCAAAAUGAACAGCAGCUACCCCCUUUUGUUGCUCCUGCUGACCCCAAUGCAACAGAUGACGCAAACUUUGCGCAGCAAGAACCAGACCUGUCAUCCCCUGACAGUACGAGCACGAGCACCAGCAGCAGCAUCAGCAGCACCAGCAGCAGCAGCACCAGCACCAGCAGCAGCAGCAGCAGCACCAGCAGCAGCACCAGCACCAGCAGCAGCUUUAUACCACAAGAGGGAGAAGCCUUCUGGCUGUGGACUCGCUUCGUCUCAGAGACAUUUGACACGAUGUAUAAGCGCUUAGAGGUUUCGUCUCCUUUCUUUGAAGGAGACACUCGUACAGCAGCAAAUAAAGCAAAGAGACACAGGAAGAAGUCUAAAAGUCAGAGGCGUCGCGAAGCUUACUUGCAGCAGAAGGCAGCAGAGACAGGUGAAGCCUUAAGAAAAUGGAUACGCCUCAUGAUGGUGGAUGGCAUGCAGCAGCAGCAGCAGCAGCAGCAGCAGCAGCAGCAGCAAGAGGGAGGUGGGGACUCUUUUGUAUCACCUCUUGGUGUCUCCCCCGAAGAGAUAGAAGCAGCAAUGAAGGAGACAGUUGAUGUAACGGGGGUGCUGCUGCGAGAGGCCUCCAAGCAGCACCACGUACCCCCUAGUCUUCUACUGUCUCCUUUUAGCCCUUUGUUCCCUCCGCCUAAGACAGAGGAUCUACUUGCAGCAGAAGAAGAGGUUGAGCGCUGCAGACAGCAUCAGCAAGCAGUACAAGCAGCAGCAGCAACAGAAUCAGCAACAGCAGCAGGAACAGAAGCAGAAUCAGCAGCAGCAGCAGCUGGAGACACUUCGACAGUGCAAGCCAGGCAUCACCUAUGCAAAGCCCUAAAAGGACUCAAAAGAAAAGCAGAGACAAAUCUAAUUACUGCUUCUUAUUAUAUGAGUGCGCUUCAGACGCUAAUGGAUAAGGUUGCUGCUACUAGGCAGCAGAAAGCCCCUCUUAGUGUAUCGCUGCAGCACUGGGGAGAUGUAAGCAGAACAGCAGCAUCUGUCUUGGACAGGCUCAAGGAAGUGCUGCCUUCACACGAAUCGGGGCCCUCAGCAGCAGCAGCAGCGGCAGCAGCAGAGCAGCUUGCGCCUAACACCCCACAAAACCCCUCUCUCCCUGGAUCGCCUUCUUUUGUCGAUCCCCAAGGAGAUGCUGCUGAAACAAAACCCGAAGCAGCAAAGGAGACAUCUGAUGCAUUUAAUCAGCAGCAAGGAGAGGAGACAUCUAACGCUCAACCAGCACCAGGAGCACCCAACGCCACAUCUAUGCGGGUUCGGCUCUCAGACCUUCGUAAUGUCCUAAGUAAAUGA